UCUAAAAAUGGCUGGAUGACUUCGGAGUUCAAGGAGUGGCUGACCAAGGUAUGGGGCUCCAACACUGACGACGUAUGGCGGCUCCUGGUGUUGGACCAGGCGCCAAUACACAAGACCCAAGCGGCAAAAGAUGCAAUUCAGGAAUGCGACACUGACAUCGUGUACGUGCCAGCCGGUUGCACCAGCCUUCUUCAACCUGCCGACAUCUUUUGGAACAAGCCGUUUAAGGCCAAUCUUCGGAGAACCAGGGAGGCCUUUAUGCGGAAGGGAGAGAAAACGCCGAAGGGAAACCUGCGGAAACCAUCACGGCAGGAUGUGCUGGACUUUGUGGCUGAGGCGUGGGCUGCCGUCCCAGAGGAAACUGUAGAGCGUUCGUUCAAGGGCAGCGGCAUUACGAACGCGCUAGACGGGUCCGAGGACGGUGAGCUGCACGAUCGGCUCGCUGACACCGGCGCCGUGGUCCCGGAAGACCGCGACGAGCUGAGGGAUGAGUGUGUGGACCUGGUUUUUGGGUCAGAUUCUGAGGAAUCCUUCGAUGGUCUCGACAGCGAAUAAAAGGAUAAAGUUCGCAAGGAAACUGUCUACGGAAAUCAUUUUUGCUAAGACUGCAGUCUAGAUUGCAUACUUUUAGUGGCCGCCAUUUUCUUUAUCCGCCAUCUUGAAUAUUGGUGCGGAACUGAGGAAG